UCUCAAAGCUGCAUUCUGUAUCGAAAGUGCCAAAAAUAUUUCUCCUUUCUGUAUACUACCCACAACCCCAUAAACCGAAACACAUGCUCCUCCUCUUCUUUCUCCAUUCCCUCUCAAACCUUCUCCAUUUCCUCCUCCACCCCACACUCCUCAUUCAGCUUUUCUUCGGUUUUCCUCCCUUUUCCCCUCCUUGUAUGAUUUCUUGAUCUGGGCUACAGCCAUUCAAGAGAAUUAAUCACUUGCAGCUAAAAAGAUGAUCACUUUAGUAGAUUUCUACCAUGUUAUGACUGCAGUUGUUCCGCUCUAUGUGGCCAUGAUUUUAGCUUAUGGCUCAGUGAAAUGGUGGAAGAUUUUCACUCCUGAUCAGUGCUCAGGCAUAAACAGAUUUGUUGCACUUUUUGCAGUCCCUCUUCUUUCCUUCCACUUCAUCUCCACCAACAAUCCCUACACCAUGAACCUCAGGUUCAUUGCUGCUGACACACUUCAAAAGAUCAUCGUUUUCGCAGUUUUAGCUGUUUGGACUAAAGUCAGCAAAAGGGGCUGUUUGGAAUGGACUAUAACACUUUUUUCACUAUCAACCCUACCCAAUACUCUUGUCAUGGGCAUUCCUUUGCUCAAGGGAAUGUACGGAGAGUUUUCCGGGAGUUUGAUGGUGCAAAUAGUUGUACUUCAGUGCAUCAUUUGGUACACUCUGAUGCUCUUCAUGUUCGAGUACAGAGGGGCAAAAAUGUUGAUUUCUGAGCAGUUUCCAGAUACUGCAGGCUCAAUUGUUUCAAUUCAUGUUGAUUCUGAUGUCAUGUCACUUGAUGGAAGGCAGCCUCUCGAGACAGAAGCUGAGAUUAAAGAAGAUGGGAAGUUACAUAUUACUGUGAGAAAAUCAAAUGCUUCCAGGUCAGAUAUCUUCUCGAGAAGGUCACAGGGCUUAUCAUCAACCACUCCAAGACCAUCAAACUUGACCAAUGCUGAGAUAUACUCUUUACAGUCUUCCCGAAAUCCAACACCAAGAGGGUCCAGCUUUAACCACACAGAUUUUUAUUCUAUGGUAGCUGGCGGAAGGAACUCGAACUUUGGUGCAAAUGAUGUUUAUGGGCUUUCUGCAUCAAGGGGGCCAACUCCAAGGCCUUCAAACUAUGAGGAAGAAAGCGGUAAUAACAUGAAUAAGUCCAGGUUCCACUACCCUGCUGCACCGGGGAACACUGCUCAUUAUCCAGCUCCUAAUCCUGGAAUGUUUUCACCUACUGGCUCAAAAGUAAUGGGGGCUAACGCAGCAGCCAAGAAGCCUAAUGGACAACACAAGGAAGAAGGUGCCAAGGAUCUCCACAUGUUUGUUUGGAGUUCAAGUGCUUCUCCUGUUUCAGACGUCUUUGGUGGCCAUGACUACGGAGCUUUGGACCAACCUUCCAAAGAAGUUAGAGUUGCAGUGUCUCCAGGAAAAGUGGAGGGUCAUAGAGAUAAUCAAGAAGAUUACAUGGAAAGAGAAGAUUUCGGCUUUGGAAACAAAGGUAUGGAUAACAACAAUGAUGAUGAGAAAAUGGGAGAUAAACAAGUCAAAGCAAUGCCUCCAACAAGCGUGAUGACAAGGCUGAUAUUAAUUAUGGUAUGGAGGAAACUCAUCAGGAACCCAAACACUUACUCCAGCUUAAUUGGGAUCAUAUGGGCUCUUGUUUCAUACAGGUGGAAUGUUGAGAUGCCUGCAAUCGUAGCAAAGUCCAUUGCUAUCCUGUCUGAUGCUGGACUUGGCAUGGCCAUGUUUAGUCUAGGUCUGUUCAUGGCUUUGCAACCGAGGAUCAUAGCAUGUGGGAAUUCCAUUGCAGCUUUUGCAAUGGCCGUGAGAUUCCUUACAGGUCCAGCUGUCAUGGCAGCUGCUUCCAUUGCUGUUGGGCUUCGUGGAGUUCUCUUACAUGUUGCUAUUGUACAGGCAGCACUACCUCAAGGAAUUGUUCCUUUUGUCUUCGCUAAGGAGUACAACGUACACCCUGAUAUUCUUAGCACAGCCGUCAUAUUUGGGAUGUUGAUUGCUUUGCCUAUAACACUUGUAUACUACAUUUUGAUGGGGCUAUGAAGCAAAGGACGUUGAUUUAGCUUAUUUUAUUUGAAGAUCCUUCAAGAGCUAAUGACAGAUGCAGUAGAUUUAUUAGCUCAAUUAGUUUAGCAGUUCUAAAAUAUUGAACAGCAUGGAUGGAUGGAUGGAGUCCAGAGAAGAAAAACCCACUUUGUAGACAAUGGAUUAUCUCUUGUAGCAAAUUAAGUUGUAAAAUCUUCAUGUUUGUAGACAAUUAUUCAGAAGGAAAAGAA